AUUCUGUACUGUACUACCCUACUAUUUGGUAGUAGAGUUAUAUUUUGUUAUUGUCUGCUAUGAAGUGGAUUGUCUGUUUUGUGAAUGUUUAUAGUUGCGUAAAUGUGAAAUCCGACUAAAAGUAUAUUUCAAAACUGAUAAGGAAAGUUGUAUUUAUUGUACUUUAUAAUGAAGAAGUUGAAAUUAUCAAGAUCUAAGGUUUCUGAUGAAAAACAACAGAAAAUAUCCAAUUUUUUUGCUGUUUCAAAAGAGGUACCUGUCAGUUCUUCAAAUCCUCAAAGAAAGAUCUCCAGUUACUUUACUGUGCCAAAGCAAGAGGCACAAAAUAUAGAAAUAAAUGGAGAUGUUAUAGCAAUAGAGGAUACAAUAAUACAAGACCAUAUUAAUUGUAAUUUAGACAGUGAGAAAAAUGAAAAUAAAAAUAUUACUGAAGUGACAUGUGAAAUUAGCAAAGGAAUUGUGGAUAAUAUUACUUCAAAUUACAAGAGAAAUGAGGACAUAAAACUUAUUCAAGAGAAAACUAAUAAAAUUGGAAAGGAUACUAUAAACUUACCUUUAGAUUGUGUAAGAGAUGAUUAUAGUAGAACUUCUCAGAACAUUCCAAAGAAUUCUAAUCAAUCAAGUAGGUCACCAUGUGAAACGCUUUGUACAACUUGUUUAAAAACUUCCCCUGGAAGUGAACAAAAUUCUUGCAACAACUGUAAUUUGUCUGAGAAAACAAACAAAUCAAUAACAUUUGAAAAAGAGAUUGUCUUUCCUGGUGAAGGCCAUUUUGUUAAAGUUUGUAAUAAUUCAGUAUUGAUAGAUGGAGUGGAUAAAAGUCCAGACGUUAUUCCUGCUACUCCACCAGUAGUUAAGAAAGAGAAUAGAAGCAGAAAUAUUGUUGAAAAACCAAUCAAGAGAAAAUUCAAUUUCAGUGAGUCAUCUGAGUUGAAAAAGAAAUGUUUAUCUCAAGUAGAAUCAAAAAUUAAAGAUCCUACUAAAUUCCAUAGUGAAGAAAGUAACUCUAAAUGUCAAAUCUCUCCAUCCGAAGAGAAAGAAAAUGUUAAAGUUUUAAAAAUUAAAAAUCCAUUUGGUAAACCCAAUAGUAGUUUGGAACAAAGUCCUUGCUCAUUUUCCUCAAAAGAUGACAAGGAAAAUAAAGGGAAAAAUUACAGUUGCACUACAAUACAAAAAGCACCUGAAAGUUCAGAAAUAAAAAUGGAUAUUAAAUGUGUGCUUGACGAAAAUAAUAGAAAAUUAGACGAAAACUGUGAGACAAAUCAUAAUGUAGUUGACAGUGUGGUGCAACAAAAAAGAAAUGAAAAUGUUAAAAAUGAUGAUAAAAUAACCUCCUUUAAUAGUAUUGAACAUGAAGGUGAAGUACACUCCAUUUCCGUAGCUAAAAAUAAUGAGCUUAUUGGAUCUGAGGGAGAUAAACAUUUUUUUGAAGAGUCGAGUUCUGUUAUUAACAAUUCAGUUUCUACAAAGAAGGGCAUAUUUGAAGUAAAUCAGAAUCAACCCCAAUUCUGUGAACCUGAAGAUAUUAGUACAAGUUUUUUUGAGGAUUUAAGCUUUGAUGAAUCUAAUUUUAAAGAACCUAUAAAGUUGGAUAAUGGCAGACGCUGCAAGGUGAUUGCAGUAGAACAGCUGGAGGCUUGUGGAGAGGUUGUACUCACUCUUCAACCCUGUGACUCUAUCUCUGGAGAGACAGCUGUAUGUGUCCUCAGGGGCUCUUGGACAUCCACAGUGGUGAGGGAGGGUGAUGUGGUGAGUGUAACAGCCACCCAGAUGAGCAACCAGCCCGGAUGUUGGGUGGUGGACAACGACGCCGGGUUGCUGACCACCCACCCCGACACACUGGUCUCCGGCACAACCAUUGUCGGUUCACUGUUUUGCACACGGCGCUCUGUGCUCUCGGACAUGUACCGGGGGCAUGGACGCAGACUCUUCCAUCAUGGUCAUGGGCAGCUUCCUUCACCAGCUUCUGCAGGAGGUGCUGAAAAGAAAGGUUUCCUCACUGGAAGGAAUUAACGGAGUUUUAACUGAAUUUGUCUCAUCCAGCCACUUCAUCUUCAGCUUAUAUUCUUCAGGGAUGCCUCUUGAUAAA